AACAGUUUUCAAAUAUUUUCGUUUCUGAGUAAUGCAAAAUUGUGUCACAAUCAGAAUAUUAUUUCGAGGUAAAUUCAAAUUGUAAAUAAUCGCGCGAUAUGUUGAACUGUGUCUAUGCGGGUCUGAGAUCGGGCGUUAGGGCUCAACUGGCCGGAGUAGCUAUCCCAAGGAAUAACUGGUAUCGCAAUGGGCGCGACGAGCGCAACUAUAAGGUGACCGUCGUGGGCGCCGGAGGUGGGAUUGGCCAGCCGCUAUCGUUGCUGCUCAAACAGAAUCCGCUGAUCCACCAGCUGACCCUGCACGAUCUGUCCAAAACAAAGGGCGUGGCCGCUGACCUGUCGCACAUCUGCACACCGACACAGGUCGACUUCUUCGAGGGCGUGCAGCAGCAGGCAUUGAUCGAUGCGCUGCAGGACUCGCAUCUGGUCGUCGUAUCAGCGGGACAGCCCCGCAAGCCGGGCAUGACGCGGGGUGAGCUGCUGAGCACUAAUGCCGCUGUAGCCAUGGCUGUGGCCUGUGCCGCGGGCAUCUCCUGCCCCCAGGCCUUGCUCGCCUUCAUAACGAAUCCCAUCAACAUGUUGGUGCCCAUUGCGGCGGAGUUUUUGAAGGUGAAAGGCGUUUACGAUCCGAAGCGUCUGUUUGGCAUCACAACUCUGGACGUAGUGCGCGCCAAGACUUUCAUAGCGGACUUCAUGAACCUUAACCCAGCCAUGGUGGAUAUACCAAUCAUCGGUGGCCAUUCGGGCGACACCAUACUGCCGAUCUUCUCGCAUUGCUCACCACCAUUCACGGGCAACGAGGAGGACGUGGAGCGUCUGACGAAUCGGAUCCAGCAAGCGGGCAACGAGGUGAUCGAGGCGAAGGCUGGCCAAGGCUCGGCCACCCUCUCCAUGGCCUUUGCCUCGGCUCGGUUUGUCAGCGCUCUGCUGCGCGGCCUGAACAACGAGGCGAAUGUCAUUGAAUGCGCCUACGUGGACUCCGAUGUCACCGAGCUGCCGUUCUUUGCCACGCCGGUGCUGCUGGGGCCCAAUGGCAUCAAGGAGAAUCUGGGCCUGCCCGAGCUGAAUGCGGUGGAGCAGGAUGCGCUCGAGAAGAUGCUGCCCGAGCUGAGUGAGAGCAUUAAGACGGCCAUACAAUUUGCCCAGACUGUGAUCAAGGACUCCAACCUGGAGCAGGACCAACGCAAGGCGGAUGCAGUCAGCCGCAGUUCCGAUUCUACGCAACUAGCACAGAACAACUAGGAAGUAUAGCUAGCUCUGCUGGCAGCUAAUCUGCAGCCGGAAUCUUGACGCAGUUCCUCAUUCAUUAAAUUAAAUCACAAACACUAUAAAUACACACGCACACACACACACACACAGACAUGCACACACAUAUGCAUGCGCAUGUGCAUACUAUAUGUAUGUAUGUGAAACUAGUAUGCUAGGUUGGGGUCGUCGCAGUCAAUUGGUGAAGCAUCGUCAUGUUGCUGAUAAGUGAUUGCAUAGCCGCCUGCUGAUUACUGAUGCUGGCAUCUCCAAGGGGAAUCCGUGCCAAAGUUUCCCUGAUGCAAUCCGCCGGCCCAUCCCAUCCAUGCAUUUCACUCAAUUCACUUGUUGUUGUUCGCGCUGUUCGAAAAUAUCCAUUGGAAAACUUUUCAGAAAUGAUAUCACUAGACGUACGGUUUCCCCGUUUUAAUUC